GACAACUCGAGAAAAAUUAGUAUUUUCUACCUUCAGAAAUUAAUGGCCAUGAGUUCGUAUAUGGUGAACUCUAAGUAUGUGGAUCCCAAAUUUCCUCCCUGCGAGGAAUAUUCACAGAAUAACUAUAUACCUGAGCAGGGCUCCGACUACUACAGUCCAUCGCAGGACACAGACUUUCAGCAUCCAGGGAUCUACCCACGGUCAAACUACACGGAGCAACCCUUCAGCUGCAACACUGUGCAGGACUCCACAGUGGAACCACGGGGUCAUGGGCACGAGAGAGCCAGCCACCCGAGCCAUUUUAGCGCACAGACUGAGCAGGGGACUCCGGUCCAAGUGGCCGGACCCCGGACUUGUGGACAGCAGCAAAACACAAAGAGCCAAAAUGGGAUACAAGCCAAGCAGCCAGCAGUAGUUUACCCCUGGAUGAAGAAAGUUCACGUAACUACUGUGAACCCGGAUUACACGGGAUCUGAACCCAAGCGGUCCAGAACAGCUUACACCCGGCAGCAGGUUCUGGAGCUAGAAAAGGAGUUUCAUUUUAACAGGUAUCUGACCAGGCGGCGGCGGAUUGAGAUUGCCCACACUCUUUGUCUCUCCGAAAGGCAGAUUAAAAUCUGGUUUCAAAACAGACGGAUGAAAUGGAAGAAAGAUCACAAACUACCCAACACCAAGGGAAGAUCUGCACCAGUCUCCAACCAUCUGCAGAGCAUUCAGAAGGAUAACCAGACUGAUAUCACAGCAUUAUAA